AUGGCUGGUUUCAUCAAACGAAUGUACAUGACGAUGAACCCACCAAAGGCGCCACCGACGCCAGGGGUUAAGCCUCUGCGAUUCGGCAUACUUUCUACAGCGGACAUUUGCGUCCAAGCUCUGAUACAACCUGCGCACAGUCUUCCGGACAUUGAAGUUGUAGCGAUUGGAGGAAGGAGCAAAGAGAAAGUUGAGACGUUCGCGAAGAAGCAUGGGAUUAGGAAGAUACAUUCAGGUCCUGAAGGCUAUCAAAACUUGGUAGACGAUCCAGAUAUUGAUGCUGUAUACAUCCCUCUUCCGAACACCCUGCAUUACGAGUGGACGAUAAAGGCGCUCCUCGGGGGAAAGCACGUCCUGGUCGAAAAACCUAUUGCAAACACUCCCGAAGAGGCCUUCAGGAUGCAUGAACUGGCUGAAGAGAAGGGCCUUGUCCUCUUGGAGGCGAUGCAUAUACGAUUUCACCCAGCCAUCCAACGGGUCAAAUCCCUCGUAACAAGUGGCGAACAUGGUCCAAUAAAGAAGAUAUCCACGAAAUUGCUUUUACCCAAAGGAUUGAACAAGUACUCGGAAUCUGAUUUUGACUUGGGAAAGGGAAGUAUUAUGGACAUUGGAUGCUAUAAUCUCGAAAUCUUGCGCUUUCUCACGUCCUCUGAUCCUCUUUCCGUCGAUUCCGCUUCCUGCGAAGCUACAUGGCCCGGUGUCGAGAACCUUGACACUCUGGCCACCAGCACGCUUUCGUUUCCGAACGGAAUAACGGCAGAUAUGACGUGCAACAUCGACACUCCGUUCACUCUCGGCUUCAUCCCGAACUUCGACUUCAGCGUCCACAUAGAAUGCGAGCGCGGCACGAUCAAUAUGAGCAACUUCAUGGCGCCCAGCCUUUUCCACUCAAUUACAGUCAAAGAGACUGGUGGACACAAUCGCACUGAGAAGGCGUUCCGAUUCACUGACGGCGACGAGUUGACGAGAGGCGAGGAGUGGUGGACGACGUUCCAUUAUCAACUGACAGCCUUCCGCGAUCGAGUGCUCACCAACGAACCAAGGACGUGGUAUUCGAAGGAGGACUCCGUCGUUGAAGCGGCAUGGCUACAGAAAAUCUACAGCAAGAUGGGCAUGGAUGUUCGACCGCACUCGGAGUAUUUUUUGAAGACUCGUGCAGACAGUGCAGAAUACGAGACAAGGAUUGAAGCUUUCGGAAUCACGACGGCGGGGAUGGGUUAA